GUACUAUCAAACAUGCCUUGAGCUUGUUUAUUAUAUUUAACAUCUUUACCAUGCUUAACAUAGUUUCAUUAAUUUGAUUGUUACACUUAUAAUACUAAUCCACAUGGAUCUAUAUACAUAUUCUUUUCCUCUAGCUUAGUCCAAGCCUCAGCACAUUUUUCAUAGAUAAAGUUAGUCAUUCUUUCUUCCUUUUCUAAUCUCUCUUAUUUGAUCAUAUGAGUCAUGUUUAUCCUCUUUUAAUACAUUUCUGUUUCUUCCACUAAUAGCCAAUGAGAUGCUUCUCAAACUAUGUUUGGUAUCUAUCUCCUCAAAUGGAUUUUAGUUUGGUCAAUGUUUAGUGAUUUAUCACAUGACAAACUUUAAUCUCACUAGUUCUGUUUUUCUGUCAUUAUUCUUGAUAAAUUCCCUUGAGUUCUGUGCAAUUUGAUUUCUCUAAUAAAAUUUUAUCUUUAAGCUUCUUCUUCUUCACAAACACCUAAUGUACCUUUCAUUCUUAUGAAAAAUAAAAAAUUUAUUUUAAAAAAGUCCUACAUAUAAUUAGUGCAUAAAUCUCUAAAAUACUAAUUAUAUAGCAUAAGUGUGGUGACAGCAUUUUAUAUGUUAUAGUUUCCUUCAACUCACAAUAUGGGAAAACUUAGUAGAAUGUUGGACACAUUUUGUCUUUCUUCUGGUUCAAACUCAUGUUUCUGUCUAAAUUCAAUAGAAUUUGAAGAUGAGUUUGAGAGUAAGCCUUUGAUUGCAAGUGACAAGGAUGAUCAUAAACUAAGAUUGAAGGAUGUUGUUUCUGGAAAACAAACAUUGGCUUUUCAAUUGAAACCUAAGAUGGUGAUAUUGAGGGUGUCCAUGCAUUGCCAUGGAUGUGCAAGAAAAAUUGAGAAACAUAUAUCAAAGCUUGAAGGAGUGAGUUCAUACAAGGUAGAUCUAAACACCAAAAUGGUGGUUGUUAUUGGUGAUAUUAUUCCUUUGGAAGUGUUGCAAAGUGUAUCCAAGGUUAAAAAUGCACAGCUUUGGAAUUCAAAAUGCUAAUAAAGAAAAAGAAAAAUAUUAUGCACUAAACAAAACACCACCAGCCUCAGCAUAUUCGGCCAAGACAAAAAGUGACAUAGAAUGAAGGAACUCGAUUUUUUUAGUUAUUUUAUGAAAUAAUAUUAUAUUUAUUUACACUUUGUGGCAUGCAUGUUCCUGCAGCAAUUCUCUAGCAGGAGAGAGAAGUUGGAAAAGUAAAAAUAAUGUGUUAAGAAAUGAAAUUGCACAUCUUUUAGUACACAUUUGGUUAAGAUUCUGAUGUAAGAAUCACAUUAGUAUUAAUGGAUAUAAAUUUUGGCAUAUAGUGUAUUAUUGUUCUUGAUAAAAGUAUGAGGAAUUGCAUGCAGUUUAAUGUGAUCAAGUAUUUGGAGACGUUUAUGUAAGUAUUUGGUGAAUUAAUGAGAAAUACAUAUCAUUUAAUUA